CCAAUGAGGAACGCCGGUUUUGUCAACACACUCUCAGUUCAAUGUUUCGCGGGAGGCAAAACUGAAGGUACUGGCCGCCAGACAUGAUUCUUGACAAGCACUCCAUUCUUCUCAAGAGGAAACUUGUUUGAAUCAACAUUAAUAUAUCAAAUCUAGGAAUGGAGAAGUUUGGACAAGCUUCAAGGACAUCAACAGCUGCUUCACCAAGACUUGGCAGUGCCCGCAGCACGCCCCGCUUGAGAACUCCUUCCAGCAUGCCUGGUCCCAGCUCGUCCUCAAGGCCCAGAGGUCUGCCGUCUCGGGUGACUGGCACUCCCACAACUCCUUCCCUGGGCUCAAAGAUGACUUCCAGUGGCACGCCAAGUAUCACCAGUGGAUCUGGGGUUAAAAGGCUGCAGAAAGAAUAUGAGUCAGGCCGAGCUAAGCUUGUAGCACAGCGAUCCAGGAGCACACAUGAGCUUGUAGUUGAGGGAAAAGAGGAUACAAGAGAAAGAAAUAACUUGGGCAUAACCCUGAAUUCAAAUGCCAGCAAUACUUCUACCCCUAUGAGAAAGUCUGGGGUUAACUUGAAAGGAUACUCAUGUGGCUCCAAGCCAUCAACACCAUCCAGAUCUUCCUCAGGCAGACCCUCUCUACCCUCCAAACGUUCUCUUGGAGCCAAUACCCCAACACCCACCAUCUCCCGUCGGUCAGGAGGAUCAAAGCUUCGUGUUUCUGGCCAUGCUCAGCUUCUGCAAGAUGGUUGCCCAAGUGUAACACCAGAUGUUUGCCGCAAGUCAUGGAGUAACACUUGCAGUCCUGAUGUAGAUGUGUGUGGUGGGAGAACAGAGACCACCUCUGUAUCUGUUGCUGUGCGGGUGCGACCAUUUAAUGCAAGAGAAAGGAACUCUGCAGAAGACAGGAGCAUACUUGAGGUGCUGGGCAACACUGUUAAGAUCACACAGGACAGUAACACAGCCCAGUCAUUCACCUUUGACCAUUGCUUUUGGUCAUGUGAUGAGAAUCACCCGCAAUAUGCCUCUCAGGAAGAUGUUUACAACAUAUUGGCUGUGCCCUUACUGGAGAAGGCUUACGAAGGAUACAACACCUGUCUUUUUGCCUAUGGACAGACUGGUUCUGGUAAAAGCUACACAAUGUUGGGGGAAGAUUCUCUACGAGAGAUUGAUUCAACAGCAUCUGUCACAGCUGGUGUAAUUCCUCGCUUCUGUGCUGACGUCAUACAGAGAGCUAACUCUAUACAUGCUCACAAUCCUCCUGAAGGCCAGCUGCCACACACUCAAGUUGAAGUGGAACUGAGCUACUUGGAAAUAUAUAAUGAACAAAUAUACGAUCUCCUUGGAGGGAUGUCCUCAUCUGGUACCCGAGAACCCUUAAGAGUCAGGGAGGACCCCCGCACUGGCCCAUAUGUGGAAGGUGUUGCUUGUCAUGCUGUCUCUUCUAUGGAACAUUUAAUGACAUGGCUGAUGCUGGGCAACAGAGAGCGUUCUAUAGCUGCCACAGGCCUAAAUGACAAGUCUUCACGGUCACAUGCUGUCUUCACUCUCAAGCUAAUCCAAACACAGACAGAGGAUGUUGAGGGUGAAGAGCUGGAAAGCAGCAAAGUGAGCAUUCUUAAUCUGGUGGACUUAGCUGGCAGUGAAAGAGUUGGAGCAUCACUCUCACAUGGAGACAGACUCAAGGAGGGAGUGUUUAUAAACAAAUCUCUGCUAACACUUGGGAAAGUGAUCAAUUCCCUUGCAGAGAGCGAGGGGCGUAGGAGGCCUUUCAUUCCCUACAGAGAGUCAGUUCUCACAUUCCUCUUAAAGGAAUCUCUUGGAGGGAACUCUAGAACAGCUAUGAUAGCAACAGUAUCUCCAUCAGCAGUCAACAUUGAAGAGACUCGCUCAACCCUCCGCUAUGCCCAGCAGACACGCAAAAUUAUCAACCAUAAUUAUGUUAAUGAAGAUCCCACUGCUGUUAUUAUAAGAUCUCUCAAGAAGGAAGUAGAACGUCUUCGCCUUCAACAGUUGGCUAAAGUUUCUUCCUUAUUGCUUACUGGAGAGGAUGAGCCAGGGGAAGAGCAGAACCACAACACUGAAGAUGGUGACAGGGACAAGAUCCUUAUGGAAAAAGAAAGGCAUAUUUUGGAGAGAGAGAAAGAGAUGAACCAACUGAUCGAAGCUAAAGAAAGGGAGAUAUUGCUGCUGAGAGAGCAAGUGAGGUGUCAUCAGGUUCUGAAUGAAAAAACCAAAAGCCUCGAGCAACGACUCAAAGAAACAGAGAGGCAGCAACAGCAAGCUCUAGAGACACUCCGUCAAAUGGGUGUUGCUGAGAACAAUGAAGAAGGACCUGUUUUGAUCAACCUUAAUGAGGAUCCUCAGCUAUCAGAGAAACUGUCUUAUAAGCUCAAGAUUGGCACAACUUGCAUUGGAAGUUCUGAUUGUGACUUGCUGUUACCCGGCCUUCACAUGAAUGAUGUGCACUGUUCCAUAUUCAAUGAUAAAGGCCGGCUGAAGUUAAUCCCACGGGCUGAUGCUGACACAUACAUCAAUGGGAAGCUAGCAGAAGGCCCAGUCAGUCUAUUCCACAGUGAUCGCCUUAUAUUGGCUGGAAUAUACUUUUUCAAAGUUAGCAUCCCACAAGCAAACAAGAAAAUAGAAAAAUCACUCAAUGUGGACUUCCACUUUACAAAGGAAGAACUUCUGAAGGAACAAGAAAAAAGGUUACAGAAAGAAGCAGAGGAGGCGGUUGCACUUAGUAAAGCCGAAAUGGAGCGAGAAUUAGAAUGGCACAAACAGCAGCUGCUGUGUGAUGUGCAAGAUGCCCACACCCAAUUGGUUGAGAAGGAGAGGCGAGUAUGUGAGCUACAAGGAGCCCAUUGGAAAUUGCAGCAGGAGAAACGUCUGCUGGAGGAGAAACUUAAUAGAGAUCAACUGCACAGUGAACUUUCACCAGAGUCUCGUAAUCAUCCCCAGUCUGACUUUUUAAAUGAGGUUGAAGCUGUCUUGAAUGAGUCUGUCAUGGAAGUGAAGAAAGAAUCAUCAAACAUUCCUCCUAUGCUAAGUUUUAGAAUAAAGGAAGCCAAUCAAAUAUGUCGCAAGUUAAGGAAAGCCUAUGAAUUUAUGAUUCAAGAAGUGUUGAGUGAAACAGGUUUGGAAGUGGUGGUGGUAGUGAAGGACCUUCAUCACCAGAUGACAGCCACCCUCUCACCUGCUUCCUUUACUGACUUGCUCCAGCUCCUGCGCACCAGUGCCAAGGAUGGAGAUACAGAUGUGUUUGAAAAUGGGCUACGCUGGGAGAAGGCUGAGGAUGUGACGUGUGUUCCAGGCUUCCUCAACAGAUUACUGGAAUGCUCAGCUAUCCAAAACUGCAAUCUUUCCAUCAAUUCCUCUUUUAGCACUUCAUCCUCCUCCAUUUUCAGUUACUCAAAGAACAGGAAAAUGAAUAACUUCCGCCACCUAUCUGAGGUGUCAAUUCGAGAGAGCCCUCAAGAUGAGUGCCGUGUGUCUGUUGGUGUAGCAGCAGUAGUUCAUCAGGCCCUUGAGACCCUUCCUGCCACUUAUCUUCAUACACCCAUCUUAUCAUCAGCUUUGAGUGCUCUUAGUGGACUUCAUGAAGAUGCCAUGCACAUAAAAGACCACACAACUGAACCUGGUCAAACCCUCUCUGAUGAAGAACUGAGCAAAUCCCUCAUUCAGCUCCUCUGCCACAGCCAGUCAGUAAACAGCAGUAUUGCAGCUGCAGGCAACUCUGAGGCUGUGAUCAUGGCCGAUGGAAAGGAUCAGUUCCAGGAUGAUAUUCAAAAGCAUCUUGUGAAGCUUUCCAGUUGUACUUCCAGGCUGUUUCAGGGUGUGAAGACAGACACAGAAAGUCUGGUGGAAGAAAGUAGUGCAACCCUCAUCAGGUUGGUGUACAGUUUGGUGCAGGAGGUUGCCAAGUUGUCCUUGCUCACGGCUCUCCCCAUGCCUGAUACAUCAUUCUUGACACCAGGAGAACCUAUUGGUACAAAAUUCACUAGUGGCUUGAGGAUUGCCUUGGAGUGUUUGGUGAAGCAGUGUGAAGAGACAGCAAGUAAAGCUGCCAUCAGGCUUGCAACAGACAUGUCACGGACUUCAGAUUCACUUUCAAGUGCUGCUUUUUCAGCCAUGGAUAAUAUUGCUGCAUUUCUCAAGAAAUAUGCUGUUCUGAAUACUACCCUGGAAUAUGAACCAAAGCUGUUUGUAGAGAACCAGAGACUCAAGCUUGUGCACUGGAUUGAUUGUGUAGAAUCUGCAGCUGAAACUCUGACUCACUUGAAUGUUGCCCUCAUGGACACUGUAAAUCAGACAAAGUUGUUUCAAGAAGGGAAAAUGCAAGAAAAUUUUCCUUCUUGCAUCAAAGAGGUGUUGAAAAGUUUGCAGAACUUGAUGGCUCUUGCUGGGCUUGGUGCUUCACUAAUGGGUAAGGAAUCCAUCUGCCUGGCCUCAUAUUCAAGAAACAAACACCUCAUGGAUGAACUUCGCAGUAAAGGCAGGCAUGCUAUUAAAGGAAUGGAAAAACUUGAAAUUUUAUAUGGAAGUCAGAAUCAUACUUUGGAAGGUAGCCUGCAAGAAACUCCCAUAAAAUAUAGAGAGAAAGUUCUCACUCAGUGGCCAAAGAAUAGUAAGGAGUUUCAGAUAUAUCUGCAGCACAACACACCACUGAAGAGUUCAUUCCAGUCAUCCUUUCAUAGAGAUGAAAAAGAGAAGAAAGUAAGAUUUAAUGUUAGUCAUGUGUCAUCCGUAUCUUUCAAUUCCCAAAAUAAUGGUCUAUGAAACUAGCCCAUUGAAGUCAAGCUGAGUGUGGAUUUUUAUUCUUUAAAAAAUUAAAAUGUACAUUAUCCUUUAUUUAUUUUAUAAAAUAAUCCUUUAAAUAAAAGUACAUAGCUUUUGAGGGGGCAAUAUUUUCUUACCACAGUUAAACUCAACAUUUAUUCAUUUAUUCACUGUAUAAAGUAUUGUUUUUUUUCAGGAACUACUCGUCAUCCUAGCUAUAAGCUUGAUAUUGCUUAGGGGCAAUAGUGUAAAUUCAAGAAUCAAAGUAUUUAAAUCAUAACAAUAUUUUCUUCAGCUCUCCUUUUUCUUAAUAGCUCAGCAUUGAUUUUAUAGCAAUUUGCCUUUUCUCAUUGCCUGUUUGUUGCCUAAAUUAUACAGUAAUGGGAAACUAUCAGGUCUCCUUUAGAACAGAUUAUAUCAUAUAAUAUCUGGUCUCCUUUUAGGAGCUAUAGACAUGCACAUGAUGUACAACAUUUUCUGUGUACUUAAUAUUGUUAUGUACUUACUAUGGAAGCCUGGUUGUGUAGUGGAUAUUAUACUUAGAUCACAAGUGGUUUAAAAUGAAAAUAUUAAUUUGGACAGAUGCUUUGAGAUUGUAUUGCAUGCUGUAACUCUCUAAGCAGAGAGUGGGUGAACACUUGAGUUAAGCAGAUGUGACUACUGUUUGGCAGGAUUCAUGCAUCAGAAUCCUUAAAGUAGUGAUUACUGGUUAGCCAAAAUUUGUUGUACCUUUAAAAUUACACUAAACCCUACUCCAUUGCAAGCACACACACACACACACACACACACACACACACACACACACACACACUUGGCUCACAAUCAAGAAGGCCUGGGCUCAAGUGCUGGGAGCACCAAGGAGAAUGGACAAACAUCUUAAUAUUUGACUCCUGUCCACUGAGCAGCAAUUGGGUGUAGGAUCUGAGUCACUGGGUUGUGACUUGCUAUCCUGGUGUGUGGUGUGUAUGAGUGGUCUUACUCCUACCCAAAGAUUGGUCACUAUGACCUGUGAGUGUUUUCCAUUGGAGAAUGACCGAUGGUGAAUAGCAAGUGAAAAAUUUCAACAAGCAUAAAAAUAUGAGAGAUGGGAGAUGUGGAAAAUUAUGAUAGAGAAGAUAUGAUAUUUUGGAUAUGAGUAGUAAUGAUGUAUAUAUUAUCAAAUAAUUAAAAAGAGUAUAUAGAUAUAUUUUAAAUAAUGACAGCAAAUUAAGAGCCAACACCCUGUCCUUAGUAUACCAAAUAAUAGCUGUAGAGUAAUAACAUAAUUCUUAUUUGCUGCUGCCCCAUUGAUGGAGUGAUGUCAGAUUGAAAUUUAUAUACUUCCCAAGAACUACAUAUUUCCCUUUUGUUACUUUGUCAUAUUCACAUUUGUCUUUUAUAUCAUGCUUUGCUGAACUUCAGACAUAUUUUUGGUGCAGCAUUCUUUUCAAAACUCCUUAGUUUUCUCAGAUCACAUCCCAUCCUAGAUUAUCAAAAAUACAUUUAACAUAGAAUUUUUACAGGGAGAUCCUGUUAUAUGAGCAUCCAAUACAUGGGAAUCCAAUAAUAUGAGAUAAGUAAAUUAGCAACUAUUUUCUUUAUUUGAGCAUAAAAAUCCGUUGCUACGAGCUUUGAUCUGAGGAGAUUAAAAUUACAAAGUUGGAAAUGUGCUCCUUCCUGCAGCCUUCAACUAACACAUCCAGGCUGUAUGGUGAUGUACUAUGAUUGAAACAUGCAGGGAGGAGUUUGUGAGCACUGGAAGAGAACCACACUCCCCUUCCCUGUCUUCUACCCACCAUGCAUUCUCCUGCCAUUAACUACUUAUUGGUGAGUGUUUUGCAUGUUUUAUAUGUUUAAAUAUGAAAUCAUGUUCUUCAUAAGCUGUUUUCUCUUUCAGAUUGCUUUAUCGACAAUUCUAUAAUAUAGACAUUUGUUGCAUGUAAUAUUGUAUAUUUUAGCUUUGGUAUUGUAUGUUUUUAACUUGAAAAGUCAUCUUUGUCACUGAACCUAACCCAUCUUUUGCCAUUACGUAUUUUGUUAUACGAGAAUUCACUACACAAGCAAUUCAAAGAGCCAAACUGCUCGUAUCAUUAGGACCUUCUUGUAUUGCAAUAGGUAAAUAAAAAGUAAAUGUAAACAUCCAUCACAGAAAGUAAUGAGUUCAUUUAGAGGACUGAAUUUGCUUGAUAAAAUAUCAGAAUCCUGGCCUACAAAAUAUAUAUAUUUUUCCUUUUUUUGUAUGUCAUUUUAAAUUUUUGGCUGUAUGAUCAACUGGAAUUUUGCCAUGCUGUCCACAAGGCUCUAAAAUAUACAAGAGCCACUUCCAUAGUCCCAUUAGUUUUGAGCACCUUGAAUGCUUGCUAAACUGAUAAAGUGUGAAUUUGCCAAUUUGUAUUUCUAUCUUCCUCCCAAGUUUUCAACACUCCAUUGAGAUUUAUUCCAGAGUGGCUCAAAUACAUGUCUAGAAACUUUUAAUUCCAUAUUUUUAUAUGCCAUCUUUCAAUCCAUUAUAUACAAAUGUGCCAUAUUUAUUUUCAUGUUAUCUUUGUAUUUUCCUACCAUAGUAAAUUACCAGUUUUGAAACUAUCUUUACAGUAUUUUAUGAUGUAAACAUAUGCAUUAUGUAUUCUGUACUUUAAUUUUAAUGGAAAAAUCAAUUAAAGUUUGCUUCAA